GGUGCGCUCAUACUGAACACACAGUGAUGAACUUCACCUUGAAAACAGCUUUACUCUGUAUCUUCUGCUGGAUCUCUGUCUCAGUUUCUGAGUUUCACACUGUGGAGGUUCAGCCUGGUGAAGAUGUCACACUGCUGUGCUCCAACUUUAGCAGUCUUCCCUCUUACAUAGUCUGGUUCAAACUGGCCAACAGACAUAAUGUCAGCUGCAUCUCCUCCAUGUUGAGCUCUGAGUCCAACGCAUCAUUCUGUGAUGGAUUUAAAGACGGCAAAUUUAAAAUGACUUCCAACACGACUACUCUCUUUCUCAAGAUCAAACAAGUGGAUUUAUCCCACUCUGGACUGUAUUUCUGUGGAUUUAACACAGCUGGAAAUUCAGUAAUUGUCAGUGCAACACAUUUAAAGGCUGAAGUGUUUGAUGAAAUAACGAAGCUGACCAGUGUGAUCCUGGGCGCUCUGGUUACUGUCCUCGUUGUACUCGUCUUUGGUCUGGUUGUCAAAAUCAGCAAACUUCAGACAGCUCAUACAGAGGAACAGAACCCACAGCACAGUGAGAACCUGGGCUCUGAUGCCCUGAAUUACGCAGCGCUGAAUUUCCAUCAGAGAGGAAAAAGCAGCCAAAGGCCUCCAUCAGAGGAGCAGCUGGAGUCAUGUGUUGUGUUUACUGUCACCAGACAGAGACUCAGGAAACAUGUUGAAUGA